UUCUCUGAAUGGCUUCUUUUGGGUGGAAGAGGAGGAUUGGUGAGAAAGUUUCAAAAGCUACUUCUCAGCAAUUUGAAGCAGAAGCUGCAGAUGACGAGGAUCUGGCUGAUGACGAUGAUACUAACUGGGUGCAUGCAACUAAGAGAAGAAAGGAAAUUCUUGUAGAAGACUGUGUAAAGAAAAGUAAAGAGCUGAAGGAUGAAGGUGCAAACUUGGCUGAAAAUAGGAGGUACCGAGAGGCUAUUCACAAGUGGGAUGAAGCACUGCAAUUAACUCCAGAGGAUGCUACACUUUAUGAGAUGAAAUCGCAGGUCCUGAUGUCUUUACAUGAAAUGUUCCCAGCAGUACAUGCAGCAGAAAUGGCUGUACAGAGAAACCCACGUUCCUGGGAUGCCUGGCAGACUUUGGGACGUGCCCAGCUUGGAUUAGGAGAGAUAGCACUGGCAAUCCGAAGUUUCCAGGUGUCCUUACACAUCUUUCCAAUGAACCCUGAAGUAUGGAAAGAGGACCUUUCCUGGGCGAGAAAACUACAUGAACAGCAGAAGGCAACCAAGACUGAGGCAGUGCAAACGCUGGCAAAAGAAAAAGAGCUUGCACAAGAAUCAAUUCCAGACUAUGACUUUGAAAGUGAUGAAAUUGUGGCAGUCUGUGCUGCCAUCGCGGAGAAGGAGAAAGCUCUUUCGGCAGCUAAAACGGUAGUGAUUGUAUCUGCUUCAGGCACAGUAGAGACUGUUACUGAGGAGGAGAAUUGUCCUACAACUCCUGAUGAAACCCUUUUCAUCAGAGCUCGAUAGGGCAGCCUUAUGGGUUGCCAUACUGUUUUAAGAACUAAUGUUAUUUAUUAUACUGGACUUGCUUUGUUUUUAAUCAGUGGGAGAGCCUACAGAAGUUAAAGGAUUGGAGUUAUUCUGUAAAUUGAAAAAGCAAUGACCUGAGUUGUUCCAUCCAGAGAUGAUGGAGAAGAAACCCAAGAGUUGAUUCUAAUGAUCUUAUGAACAAAUGUAAUGUUAAAAUGCUUAACUGCUUUCAUCUUUAUGUAUUUCAUAAUUUUACAACUUCAUGUCUACAUUUUCCCAGUAAUUGAUAAGCUUUUAUUUAAACAGUAAAAGAAAAAGGGAUUUUAAAAAAAUCUGUUUCAAUCCGUAUUCAUUAACAUUUUUCUUCCAGUUAAGGUGUUCUCUGUUAUCAGAAGUCUGUUUUCAUUAUGGUUACUUUUUCUAUAAAGAAGUUUUCUAUGAAGCAGAGAUGGAUUAUUUUUUUGCUUGUGUGUGUGUGAUAGAUCUGGCAUCUGAUUUGUAGCCAAAUUAAAUCAGUAGAAACCUUUAUAUUGCUUUCAUAAGUGAAUGGGUUAAACACUUUCUGAUGAGAUAAAAGGUAAUGCUGUACGAAACAAGGCCCUGAAUGUCUACUAAAUGUUUCACCAGGAGAAGGAACAUUCAGCUGAGACUGAAACUGGCAUUUCCUUAUCUUGAAUGCUGUGCUACAGACAUCACCAGAAGAGAAAUGGUGGGAGUUGGAAAUACGUAUGUCUGAAGUGUGUUACUUUUGGUCUUUUCUUUUUUAGUGAGGCUUAUCUGAUAAAGGGAGUAAAUUUGUUUUUCCUAAUUCUCAUGACCAGCCAUUUAAAGUAUGUUCUUAAUGAACCAGUUUUUCAGGGCAGCAUUGCUUGAGUCUUCCUUUUUAUUCUUUUUGGAAUUUGGGUGCUGUGGUGGGUAUUCACAUCAUGUUAACUUAGAGGCAUAACAUAGGAGACUUUUUAAUGUUCAUCUUUCUUUAGGGGAAGGUGGGUGUUGGUUCCUCACACAAGCAGUUCAGAGUAAUGAGAUCAGGCUGUUUCUUUGAUGUGUUCUGUUCUGGGACUGCUCUCUUUUCAUUGUUUGGAGAUGUGGUAGAGAUGGUCACCUCCUGACUGGACUGGAAAAAAUGGUCAACCAAGGAAUUCCUGGAGAAUUGAGGAUUGGGAACACGUAAUUUCUACUUGAUUUUGAUAACAUAUUGCAUGUUAAAAACAUUGGAGUAAUAGUUCUGUAGACAAGUGAUACCUUUUGAAAUCAGCCAUCUUUGCGUUUUUCAUAUCUGAUUUCUAUUUUCAAAAUAACACAUUUUAAAAGGAAAUAAUAUUGCUUGAGAAGGACAGUGAUUUUUGCAAAACAAAGUGUCUUGU